GUCGUCUAACUUGCCUGCUAAGUUGGUCUAGUUGUGAAAUGUGAAGUCCAGCGUUCCACACAGCGCGCACCUUUCCUCGCUAACAAGCUAACAGGGCCAACCAGCUAGCUACUAGAACACCAGUAAACACAAACUUCCGCGCACUCGUGACCAUUUGCACGUUGAUGCUGGAAUGUCAGGAAGUACAUCACGAAUAUCGGUCUACUUUUUGCUGAGUUUUGGAAUUCUGACAGCACCUGAAGGCAUCACCAAAAACUAAUGUUCGGUUUUCAUUUCAACAUUCAGAAAACAUUUCAGUUUCAAGCAACACACGCCUAACGCAAUGGCCUCUGCGCAACAUUGCAUUGUUCGAUAACAGCCCUGUUUUAUAAAGGCUUGUGUACAAUUUGUCACUUUUGCCUUUCGUCUCGCUCCUAACUUUUCGCGCAUGCGUGAUCUCAGUUGAGCUACAGUGGCACGAUGGCUGCGGACAGCACCCUGCUGCUGUCUCUGGUGGAGGAAUUUGUCUCGGGACUACAGGACAGCAAGGCCAAAGACACAGCAACAUGUGUCAAAGAUGGACAGUUUACAAUACUGCAGCUGGUGGAGGCACUGGGACUGAGCCUCACCAGCGUCCAGCCUCACACCCGAGCCAGAGGAGUCCAGCUUCUCUCUGACGUUUUACACGAUUGCUAUGGAGGUCUCACAGAGAGAGAAGUGGAAGUGCUCAUUGCCUUCUAUGAAGACCGUCUCAAGGACCAUUACGUCAUCACGCCGCCUGUUCUACAGGGGCUCAGAGCGCUGACAAAAUGUACAGUGUUGCCUCCUGGCUCAGCUGUGUCCAUGCUGAGGUCUUUGUUCCAGGAUGUUCACGUUCAGUCGUUGAUGCUGACCGAGAGAGCGUGCGUCUACAACAUGCUCAUCAACCUCAUGGCGACCAGAGAAGCCGAGCUGAAGGGUCUGGGGGCAGACUUUGUGUUUGGUUUUGUCCAGUCGAUGGACGGAGAGAGAGACCCUCGCAACCUCCUGUUAGCCUUCCAGAUCGCCAGGACCAUCGUCCUCCGAGGUUACGAUCUAGGUAAAUUCAUAGAGGAGCUGUUCGAGGUGACGUCCUGCUAUUUCCCCAUUGACUUCAGCCCCCCUCCCAACGACCCCCACGGCAUCACCAGAGAGGAGCUCAUCCAGAUGUUGAGGGACGUCCUCACUGGGACGCGGCGGUUUGCAGAGUUUCUGUUACCUCUCAUCAUUGAGAAACUGGACUCGGACGUUCAGAGUGCCAAGCUGGACUCGCUGCAGACUCUGGUGGCUGGCGUGUCCCAAUAUGAACAUAAGGACGUAGCGGAAUUCCUGGAGGGUCUGUGGGCGUCUCUGCGCAGAGAGGUGUUUCAGACAUCGAGCGAGAAGAUCGAGUCUGCCGGCCUCGCCGCUCUUACCGCACUCACUUCCUGUCUGUCUCGCUCAGUCCUCAACUCUGACUCUGAGGACUCCCUCAGCACCUUCCUGGAUCUCGUUCUCAAAGACUGCAAACAUCACCUGUGUGAGCCGGACCUGAAGCUGGUGUGGCCCAGCGCCAAGCUGCUGCAGGCCGCCUGCAGCGCCUCCAACAGGGCGAGCCACGUCAUUACAGACGCCGUCAUGCCCUCUCUCAUCGAGCAGUACAACAGCAGAGCACAGUGUUCCCACAGACGGACAUUGCUGGAGGUGGUGCAGCGGUUUGUUCAGUCAGUAAGAACCUGUGAGAACGAAGAGAGUGUGUUCUCAGCCUUCCGCCCGUCUCUGUGCAGCAUGGUGUUUUCAGCUCUGACGGAGACUAACUCCAGCCUGCAGGUCAUGGCCACCUCUGUGCUCACCUCACUGGCGCAGCAGACAGGCCUGCUGUUGGACUCUGAUGUUGAGCUGGCUGUAGAUCACCUGACCAGACUGUUGCUAACGGAGGACGACGACAGAGUCAGCCUUGCUGUGGUGGAGUGUGCCGGAGCCUUGGCAGGGUUGCACCCUGCAGCUGUUAUCACGAAACUGAUCCCAAGACUAAAGGCGGAGAUGUUUUCUGAGCCCAUGGAUCAAAACGACAACAGAGCAGCUCCUGAGAAGCAUUCCCAUCAUGCAGUGCGCCAGCGCUGUUUGUCUGCUCUGGCUGCGGUGUCCACUCAGCCCAGUGUUGUCCAGGAGAGCACGCCUGUGCUGCUGGAGGUCCUCAGCUCAGCACACACAGGUAGUGUCGUUUUCUCCGUGGAGGAGGUGGUGUUGGCGUGUCAUAGCCUCCAGAGAAUAGCCGAGCAGGUUGAGGACUCCGAGGAGACGGGGCGAUGCUUCCAUGACGUCAUCAUCCCGCGCCUGCUGUCUCUGGCGCUCCAGGCAGCACUGCAGGGCGAGGGGUCACCUGGUCGUCGUAGUCCUCUUCUGGAGGAGGCGGUCCUGUCGGCCAUGGUCCCUGUCAUCAGUACUUCCUGCUCCAGGCUGCAGCCCACGCUGGCGGGACAGACGGCGUCGAGGGCCGUGUCUCUCUUCCUGGAUGGUGAUGUUUCCUUUUUGCCCGACAACUCGUUCCCUUCAAACAUCCAGCUGCUCAAGAAGCAGCCGGGGGACUCGUGGAGCCGGUCGCAGAUGGUUUGUCUGCUCCUGGGAUGUGUGUGUUCGCUGCCUCGCGGUGUGGAGGUGCCUCGGUUAGAUCUCCUGAUGACGGAGCUGGAGGAGAUGAGCUGCACCUGCAGCUACCCGCUGUCAUACACCGCGGCUGCAAAGUGCUUUGCUGGGCUGGUUAAUAAGAGACCACAGGGCGAUGCUCUCGACAGCCUAAUUCAGAGGACCAUGCAGAGAGUGUGUAGUGAGCUGGACUCUGCGUCUUCAUCCGUACGCACUCAGGCCUUCACCCUCAUGCUCUGGGUUGCCAAGGCUCUGCUUCUCCGAUACCACCCUCUGUUCACAACGCUGACUGACAAGCUUUUUUCUCUGCUCGAUGAUGCUGAUCUGGGUCCGGCGGCAGCAGACGGCUUCUGGCUGCUGAUGAGCGACUCCGCCGACAUCCUCAACCGCGGUUGCCAUGCCGAUGUUCGCAUCAUGUACCGCCAGCGCUUCUUCAGCGAGAAUUCAGCCAAGUUGGUCCAGGGCUUCAACGCUGCGCCGCAAGAGAAGAAGCCCAACUACCUGAAGGCUCUGUCUAACAUUGUCAAUAAACUGCCCAAGCAGGUUCAAGUCACUGAACUACCAGCGCUGCUGUCUCUGCUGUUGGAGGCCUUGUCGUGUCCGGACCAGGGCGUCCAGUUGUCCACGCUGUCCUGUCUUCAGCCCGUCCUCAUCGACCCGCCGCCAGCGCUCAUCCAGCAGCUCGAGGCUCUGGUCAGCAGGCUGCUGGCCCUCACCUCCAGUCCAGCCAUGAGCGUAAGGACCGCCUCGUUGCGUUGCAUCCACGCCAUCUCCUGCUUCCCCGAGCAUGAGGUGUUGCCGUUUCGGGCCCGGGUGCUGCGAGCUCUGGCCCGGCCUCUGGACGACAGGAAGAGGCUGGUGAGGAAGGAGGCGGUUCAGGCAAGAGCAGAGUGGUUCCUGUUAGGAAGUCCUGGAGGAAGUUGAUUCUGCUCCUCAAAUACAGCCCUAGUCUCCCAUCCUCCCUAAACCUGGAAGAAUACAGAUGUGGGAAAGUCAAAACUCCCGGACCUGGUGCCAAGGAUAAAAGCUGCACAAUCCACACAACAGCUCUCUCUCCUCGGUGCCCCCCCCCCACACACACACACACACUCCCUCUUUAUCCUCCCGACUCAUCUUUUCAACCAGAACCUCUCCACCCUUCUUCAUCUUCUCGCCCUUUUUACUGUUUUUGUUGUCUAUAUCUUCAUGAACGCACAAAUACGAGUAUGUGGACUGACUGGGAGCAUUGUCUAAGUGAAAAAGAAUGUUUAAUAUGUUACACACCUCAUGGACGCUGUUGUCUUUCUUACUAUUGGAGAAAAUGGAACAUCAGUGCAUUUUUAAAUCCCCCGAAGUGUUUUCUCAUAGUUCAGCUGUUAAAAUACUAUCAGCUGCUUUUCUGCCAAUAACUAACAACAUGAUCAAGACAUUUAUCAUUAUUUUUGCAAGAUUUUUGAAAAUCUAAUCAAACUUGUUUGGAUCUAGUUAGAGUUCUGAGAUUCUAAAUAGCUCUUAUUAAAUAGUUUGUGUGAACUCCCGUACGAAGAGAGGAAACACCGUACACACACACACACACACUGAAUGAUGAUGUCAUGAACUGUGGGGGAAACAUUUUCUUUGUAUCUUUUUUUUUUAAACUUCAUGACCAUUUUGACAGUUUCGGCUGCUAGAAGGCUGUUGAGACCUGGAAACAUGUGGAUGUGCCAAUUGUCCGCUGGCUCACAGGGUGGUGUGAAUCAAUGCACCACACCUCCACUGAGAUCAGUUUACAUAAUUAAAAAUGUCGAGUUCAAUGUACGUUAACUUAAGAUUGUAAGUUAUGUGAACAGUAUGACGAACAUCUGCGUUGUAUUUUUUCAAUAGCUGAACAAAUAUAUCGUAGUUCUUGUCGAGUCAUUGCAGUGCGGUCGGCUGACUUUGGACCUCUCACCAACUGAUGCCGAGGAAAUAGAGUAUUUAAGAUGUCAUUAAAACCUCUCUUUGUAAAAA